AUGACCAUGACUUGCCCAGUGCCCCAACAGUACUACCGCACGGAGAGCAGGGAAUCGGCUGCCAGCAUGCUGCCCAGGGCGGAUAGAGAGGAGAACGGAUCGGAGGCAGGAGGGAAGCAAGGGCUGAGCAGAGAGGGCAGCAAUUUGUGGCUGGCAGUGGGCAUCAUAUUCAUCCUGGCACUGCAGAUCGCUUGCACCACUGGGCUCUUCGUCUAUUUCAGCGUGUCCAUCUCCAAGCUAAAGACUCACACUCAAGGGAUGUCAGAGGAACUGCGUUGCCUUCAGAUUAUCAACAAAAUGGAGGAUUUGUCAGACCCGGUGGACUAUGACCUGGAUGGACUGAUACCAAAUGAAUCAUGUAAGAAGCUGACCAACAGCAUUAAGUCAUACAUAAACCAGGUAACUGGGAACAUCCUUCAGAGAACAGCAGUGAAAGAAGCUAGAAGGAGCUUUAUUAACAUCUCAGAGACACAAUCUCACAGAGGAGAGUACAUCAAAUCAUCAGCCCAUCUGACACUCAAGCAGGGCUCCCCUUUGGGACCACCAGGAGACUUGCAGUUCCAGUCAUGCCGUAAUCCUAUCCGCCAGUGGGAGCUUAAGAAUGCUUUGUCCCACAUGCAGAACAUGACCUACCAUGAUGGGCACAUUAAAAUUCUACAAGACGGCUUAUACUAUGUAUAUUCCCAAAUCUACUUCCGAUACACAAAGCACCAAGGGUCUGGCACCUCAUCGGGGCAGCAGCUGGUACAGUGCAUUAACAAGAAAACAUCCUAUGUCAAUCCUAUACUGCUUCUAAAAGGGGUUGGUACUAAGUGCUGGGCACCCAAUGCAGAGUAUGGACUUCACUCUGUCCACCAGGGUGGUGUAUUUGAGCUAAGGUCUGGCGAUGAGUUGUUCGUCUCUGUCUCUUCCUUAGACACCGUCUAUACUGAUUCUACAUCCAACUUCUUUGGGGCCUUCAAACUGAGCAUGUGA